AAGGAGAUAAGAAUAGAUCAGUUUUAUUCUAAAAAAGAUUUAUCGCAAGAUUAGACUGAAAGAAUUAAUAGCAGAUAAAUCUAGAGUGUCUGAAUCAAAAUGUAAAAUAAAUACUUCCAUUGAUUACAAAAAAAUGAAAUUUUUUUUGAAUGAUUGAUUUUAGUUUAAAGCAGAAUGAAUCGAAUUUAAAAAAUAAGGAUGAUGAGCUAGAUUUGUAAUUUAUGAAGGGUUAUAAAGUUAAGAAUUUGUUAGCAAAAGAGUUUAAAAUUAAAACUUUAUCUAAAGGAUUAAAUGGAGAGGUAAAAUGAUAAUAUUAAUUUAAUAGCAUGAGAGUAUGAAUAGAUUGUUAUGAAUGGAUAAUGAAGAG